AUUAGUUCCUUGAAGUCGGUGCCAAAAACUUAACAUGUCGAUAUUUGCAACAUACACUCUAUUUAAAUAUUUAUAUUAAUUUAUACAAUUGGAUCGAUUUCUUUCGGAUAUUUUUUCGUUUUUGGGGUUUUCGGAUUAUCCGUUUGGGUACGAACACUCUACAAAAUUCAUUGAGGUAAUUUUUAUAAUUUGAAUCGAGUACGAACUGGGUUUUUCGGUUCGGAUUCGGUUUGAAUUUCCAUAUUACGGAUUUUACGCCUGGCCCUAGUCAAACUAAUGUGUUAAUGAGUCAAUAAUAGAUGGCCCCAUAGUUUUUAGAAUGAGCACGUUAAGAUUAUAAUAUAACUAUCGUAUGUGUACAUGUACUGUACUACCUACCAGGUUCGUUUAAUAUUACUCUAAAGAAUACUAAACAUUGCAGCAUGUUUUUUGUGCUGAAAUUUGACUUUUUUAUUCUGCUGAAAAAGAAUCUUGUUAUUUGUUCUUUGUGUGACCUUUUUAUAAAUGCCUUGACCGGGAUGAGAUCUGCCCACGACAAACAAACUGUAUUCAUAACUAAAAGAAGAACCAAAAGGCAGAUAAUCGAUGGCGACCAACGGUAAUGACAACUGCAAUGCAAACGACAGUGUUUGGCAGUUCCGAGGAAACGGUGCGACGAGUGAUGCAGCAGCGGUAACAUUGAGAAAACUCGUCUUUGGAAUGUUUAAGAACUGCAACUUCAAUAAUGGAAAGACCAUUUUGCCCUCCACGACUCAUAGCUUCAAGACUUGCCCUGAAGCGGAAGAAGCUGUAGCUGCAGCCGUCCGCUCCGGCAUGGCCAACUCAUAUGCACCUAGCCCUGGAAUUUUCAACGCUAGAAGAGCGGUGGCAGAUUAUCUAAAUUGCGAGCUUCCUACUAAGCUAAGACCGGAGGAUGUGUAUAUCACGGGCGGAUGCAACCAAGCGAUUGAGAUCGUAAUAGAUUCUCUCGCAAGCAAUCCAGCAGGCAACAUUCUGCUUCCUAAUCCAGGAUAUCCUCACUAUGAUGCUCGCGCUAUUUACAGCGGCGUCGAGGUUCGCAAAUACGAUCUCCUCCCGGAAAGAGAUUUUGAGAUUGAUCUGGAUGCCCUCGAGGCUGCGGCCGAUAAGAAUACCGUCGCACUUGUCCUCAUCAACCCCAACAAUCCAUGUGGAAACGUCUACACCUACGAUCAUCUUAAGAAGGUUGCGGAGAUGGCUAAAAAACUCGGUAUAGUGGUUAUAUCCGACGAAGUAUACGAUAAGGUUGUAUAUGGAGACAGGCCCUUUGUUCCAAUGGGCACAUUUGCAUCGAUAGCUCCGGUGAUCACGCUCGGAUCCAUAUCCAAAGGAUGGGUUGUACCUGGCUGGAGAAUCGGCUGGAUGGCCAUGAACGAUUCUAAUCGCAUUCUUAAAAAUGCAGGGGUAGUUGAAUCAAUCGAGGAUUGUCUUGAUCUAACUCCACAGCCUUCAUUUCUUCUUCAGGAAGCACUUCCUGAAAUAUUGGAGAAAACACCCAAGGAGUACUUCGCCAAGAAGAAUAAAGCUAUGAAACGCAAUGUAGAGCUUUCAUUUGAGAGGCUACGGGACAUCCCUUGUCUUUUUUGCCCCAAGAAACCUGAAUCUUGUUCUUACUUAUGGUUAAGGCUUGACACAUCAGUGUUAGCUAAUAUAGAAAAUGAUCUCGAUUUUUGUACGAAGCUGGUCAGUGAAGAGAGUCUAGUCCUUGUACCAGGAGUGGCUUUAGGAGCAAAGAAUUGGGUGAGGAUCUCGAUCGGCACUGAAGAAUCAGAGUUAGCGGAAACAUUCGACAGAUUAAAAAGUUUCUACAGUCGUCAUGCCAUUUCCAAAGAAACUAUCAAAUCCCAUGUUGAUACCGUUAAUCAGAUAGUUGUCGCUGUCGUCUGAUUGUAGUCAUCUUAUUCUAAAAGUCCAUUAUAAUUGCAAUUUAUCACAAUAUGUCUCCUGGUGGUAAUGAAAUAAAGAUUUAAAAAAAUACAUGAAUGUUUUGUUGGGUCAAUUAUUUAAGUCAAUGUAAUUCAAAAUUAUUGUUA